UCCGGUCCACAGUUAAUAUCAGUGUGGUGCUAAGAGUGGUCAGGGUGCGGCAGUGUGAACCUCCGCCACUAGUGAAGACGUGGUUGACACAGGAGCGAAGGAGAUGCAAAGUUCCCUGGUGCCUCUCUUCCUCCUCCUGGCCGCCAACACCCUCCCAGGCGCAGGACUGGCAGCAGAGUACCACUUAAAAUCUUGUGGGGAAGGCGGCGGAUCCCUCAUCGACCACGUCCUUUGUGAUCCUGACCAUCUGGUACAGCCUGUCAACCGCCGGGUCGUUAUCGAGGUACUGACAAGAUGUGGGGAGAAAACCGGACACAUGCCGCUGGUAUUCCUGGCCGCCACUCUCCCCCAUGACGCAGGUGACGCGAAGCCCACUACCACGCCUAUCACCACUACCACUACUGGCACCAAACAGAGCAGUGGUGGUGGUGGUGAGGGAGAUGGUGAGGGGUCGAGGGGCAUUGCGCACCUGAAGGAAUUGGUGGUGGCGGCAAACAACCUCACCACCACCCCCACCCCUGUCAUCCUCCUGGUCGGCGUGAGGGAACAGAUGGCGAUGUGGUGGAGUGACUCUCUGAACGGGGUGCUGACGAAUGCCACCAUCCAGGAGGCCCAGCAAAACGCCAGCCAUUUCAAGGACCACCAGCUCUUCAUCGACGCCACGGUGCAGGUCGCCUGGUACCUGUGCCAGAGUUCUCAGGGCAGCGUUAGUUCAUGGCCAGUGCGAUACAUCACCCUCACAGUCACCUGGAUCGCCUUCACCGUCUGUUUUGCCGCUCUCCUGCUGGCCAUAGCUGUGAUACUGAUCAAGGUUCGCAUCCAGGCACAAAAAACCCGAGAAGAGAGGAACAGGGAAGAGGCAGGGCAGAGGACCAGCAGACUUACUUUUCCCAGAGCUUCGGAUAUUCACAACUGGAGCCACGCGUCCUUCAAAUCAACGGGCCACGUCCUCCUCGGGACCACGGACAUCGUGGCAGUGCCGCCACACGACUGCACAUCCACGGACAACCUGCUGGAGAACUGCUGAGGUCGGGGCCUUGGUUGGGAGGCGUGAGUAGGUGUGAAGCAAGGAGGAUCGAGUAUCUUUCUUGGUUCGAAGCAGUGACGGUAUAAGCUACCAAACCAUCACUGAAACACUGAUUACAUGCUGACUAUUUUAUUACAUUUAAGAAACGCACUCUUUGUAUGAAGCAGAUUAGGAAGAGUGGCUGUUGGUUGUAAUGUUGUGGAUUUUUGGUCUCUGUUACUCGUCGCAAGACUUGUAAGAUGUCUGUCCUGCAUGUCCGUGGCUGUGGCUGCACUACCAGAAGAGGGACUGGUGGUAGCAUCUGGCAGGGAGAUUGUAAAGAGAAGAGCUGAGCUUUUACGCUAAGACUGUAAGAAAGCUGCAACAGCAAGUGUGUGUGUGUGCGUGUGUGUGUGUGUGUGUGUGUGUUUCACCUACAGUGGUCUGCUGGUCACCCAGCCAGCCGUUCCCUUACGGAAAGAGCUCAGAGCUCAUAGUGACCACUGACACACCACACACCGGGACAGCGAGGUCACAACCCCUCGGGUUACAUUCCGUACCUACUUGCUGCUAGGUGAACAGGGUCUACACAUUAAGAGACUCGCCCAUUUACCUCGCCGCGCCCGGAAUUCGAACCCGGGCCUUCUUGUUUGUGAGCCGAGCAUGUGUGUGCGAGCACGCGCGCGCGUAUCCUUACGGUUAAAUGUAUAUAACAAUAAACAAGUAAGAAACAGU